GAGCCUGGGUCUGGUCAAGUGUGAGAAAUAGAACAAGAUGAUGGCCAAAGGUCAACAAAGACCCACAAGAACUGUGCUGUGUAAGUGAUUUAAAUCACCUCUCUGGUGUGCUAACUCAGGAGGCGGCCCACACCCACACUCCUCUUUUAGGAGUGUAUUACUACUUUGCUUCUGACUUAAAUAAAUUACUCCUCUGUGUGCUCUUCCCCAUGUCUUACUGUGACUCUUAACAAUAGGCUUCGUACUGGUUUUUUCUGUCCUUGCCUCCUUGAAAAAGUAUUGCUUUCAACAGAGGGCAAGAAUCAGAGAAAUUCUGCUCCCAGCCUCUCCCUGGUCUAUCAGCUAGGAUUCCUGGUUUUCAUUCAGGCUGCCCAGAUUCAAUUCCUAAACAGAGAUUCUUAACUGAUAUAGCUUUAAGCCAUCACUCACUGUUAUCUCUCUGAGAUCAGUUCGCCCUGUCACCUCAAUGCUUUGAUAGAUCUACGCAGAGCGCUUGAUUUUAGGUUUGUUUGAUGUUUAUAGUGGAUGGGAAUCACCUUCUAAGCGCCUUAACUAACUGUGAAGCCUUAUGAUUCAUUGCAGGGUCUGUGGAAAAGCCAGUUCCCUGCCGCUGCCGGCACAAGCUCAGCUCCAAGAUCCGCCCUCUAACCUACGGUGACACAGGCCCGGGAGGGUGUGGCCUUGCGAACUGUCCAAUCAGGGGACUCGCGGGUUAAGAACACCUUCCUUGUGCGCGCGUGCGUGUGUGGGUGGAGCGGGCUGCCACCAACUGGCUGUAGCGGCCGGAAGCCAAACUGGGUCCACUUAACUGCCUCAGAUGAGUCUGUCACCUCCUCUGUCAUUGUGACCCGCGCUUGCCGGCUGGGAGUCGUGGUGGUGGACGACCUGGAACCGGAGAAACGGAAACAUGGCCUCUUGGAAUCUCAUGUUUGGUGAUGAAAAUAGAAGAGAAACCCUCUAGUUCCUCGUCAUGGUUUUAUUCACUGGGACCUCAUGGAGUGCUGUGAACAGUAGGUAAUAAGGACAGAGAGCAAAGGUUUUCUCACAAGGAAUGGGUGAAAACCAUAACGUGUGUUUCAUUUAUAGGCAUUGGGUCAUUUUCCAACAUACUCUGGACCCUGCCAUUAGAGAGCAAUAGCAUGUAAUGUGCUCACAAUGAAGAUGUAUAUAAAUCACAUCUGCGUAUUCAUGAUGCUGUAGGUUUAUGAGGAAGUCAGUGUGGACAGAGAGUUGGUUUCUGAUGAUCAAGUCAUGGAAUCGAGGUUUGGCGAUGACAGAAUCAGACAUCGCCUUUCUAUCCGUAGACUAUAGUCUGGCAAUGUCAGGCUCACACAUCCUACCGUAUCCACAUUUGGCUAUUUUAGGACUCAGUGGUUUUUGAGGAUGUGGCCGUGAACUUCACCCUGGAGGAGUGGGCCUUACUGGAUCUUUCCCAGAAGAAACUCUAUAGAGAUGUGAUGCGAGAGACCUUGAGGAACCUGGCCUUAGUAGGGAGAAAAUGGGAAGGUCAUGCCAUUGAAGAUGAGUACAAAAAUCCGGGGAGGAAACCAAGAAAUCUUGUGGUAAGAAGACUCUGUGAAAAUAGAGAGGGUAGUCCACCUGGAGAAAACUUGAGCCUUAUUCCAAGUCUCAGUUUGAAUCAGAAAACUCCUGGGGUGAAACCACAUCCAUGCAGUGCUUGUGGAAAGGGCUUCAUGCAUCGUUCAUCCCUUAACAGACACAUUAAAUGUCACACUGAACCAAAACCAGAUGAGUGUUGGAAAUAUGGAGAGAAGCCAUAUACAUGUAAGGAAGAUGGGACAGCCUUCAGUUAUCUCCAGGUUUCUGAAAAACAUGAGGGAAAUCACAGUGGAAAGGAAAUCUAUACGUGUACAGAGGGCGGAAGAGCCUUCAUGUGCCUCAGAGGUUUCCAGAGACACAAGGUAAUGCACACUGGAAAUGUUCCUCAUAGAUGUAAGGAAUGUGGCAAAACCUUUACUUCCUCAGAUUCUCUUCAAAUACACGAAAGAACCCACACCAGAGAAAAAUCCUAUCCGUGUAUACAGUGUGGAAGAACCUAUAGAUCCCAUCACAAUUUUCAAGCACAUUUAAGGACUCACAUAGAAAGGAAACCAUUUGAAUGUAAAAAAUGUUGUAAAGUUUUCAUUUGUCCUCGUUCCCUUUGGAAGCAUGAAAGAAUUCAUAGUGAGGAGAAACCCUAUACAUGUAGAGAAUGUGGUAAAGCUUUCCAUUCUCUUGUAGACUUCCAAGUACAUGAAAGAAGUCACACUGGAGAAAAACCCUACAGAUGUGAAAAAUGUAGUAAAGCCUUCAGUCGUCCCAGUUAUCUUCGAAAACAUGAAAGAAGUCACAUCAAAGAGAAAAACUAUUACUGUAAACAUUGUGGAAAAGCCUUCAGAGAUUACCAGUUCUUACAAAUACAUGGAAGAACUCAUACUGGAGAGAAACCCUAUGAAUGUAAACAGUGUGGUAAAGCCUUCAGUUACUUUUCUUCCUUAAAAAUACAUGUAAGGACUCAUACUGGAGAGAGACCCUAUAAAUGUACAGAAUGUGGAAAAGCUUACAGAUACUACAAUUCUUUUCAAACACAUCAAAGUAUUCACACAGGAGAAAAACCAUAUGAAUGUAAGCAGUGUGGUAAAGCUUUGACUUCUCAGAGAGGCUUCCAAAUGCAUGUAAGAAAUCAUACUGGAGAAAAACCGUAUGAAUGUAGAAAAUGUCAUAAAACCUUCAGUUGUCCCAGUUAUCUUCGAAAACAUGAGAGAAUUCACGGUGUAGAAAAACCCUAUGAAUGUAAGGAUUGUGGGAAAGCCUUCAUCUGGUACACGAGCUAUCAAAGACACACGAAAAUACACAGUGGAGAGAAACCCUAUGAAUGUACGCAGUGUAGUAAAGCAUUCGUGUGUUCAAGUUAUCUUCGCAAACAUGAAAAAACUCAUGCUAGAAGGAAACGCUAUGUCUGUAAACAGUGUGGUAAAGCCUUCAGUUUUCACCGUUCCUUACAAACACAUAAAAACACUCACACUGGAGAGAAAACGUACAAAUGUAAACAUUGUGGUAAAGCCUUCAAUUAUAACUGUUCCUUACAAACACAUGGAAAAACUCAUGCUGGAGAGAAACCCUAUAAGUGUGGAAAAGCCUCCCUUUGUCGCCCAAACUGUCUAAGACGUGUGAGAGUGCACAGGGGAAAGAACCACAUAAAUGUGAAGAAUAUGAGAAAGCCUGUAGUCAUCUUAAUCCCCUUAGAAGGCACAGAAAGACUCACUGGAUAAUCUUGAAUGUAAACAGUGUGGUAAGAUGUCAUGAGCCCACAUUCUUACAUGUGUAAACUCCUACAGUGAAGAAGAAAAAAAGUAAGUAACAUGACCAAGUUUGAUGGAAAUUAAUUUAUGUAUGAUGUUCCAGAAAACUUUGAGCCUGAAAGACUCGUUAUUAAUGUUGUGAAUUUAUUAUGUUUAUCCAGUCUCUUCCUUGACGUGCACCACUGGACUGUGGAUUUCUACCUGUUAAUUUUUAGAAAGGAAUAUUGAAGUGAGACUUCUGCGAAUUGUUUUUUGACAGUGGUAAUAUGAGUACUAGGUAGUAAUUUUUCCUUAAAAGAGUUAAUAUUUUUUCUCUCCAUUUUGAGCCUAUUGGAUCCAUGUGUGAGUUAAAGUGUGUUUCUGGUACAUAGUAGGUUAAUUGGUAAAUAGUGUUUUCUUUGUUCUGUGUUAAGGGACCAUUGAAGAAUGAUAGUUUGGUAUUGGGAUUUCCUCCCUGGCCUUGUGCGGCAGUUUCUAGAUACCCCUACUCUAUUAUUUAUACAAAUAUUCCACAUUUGUUACAGACAAAGCUCUUUUGGGGUAAAGGGUAUGUGAGCGUUUUCCCAUUUUACAUUCUAAUAAACAGUUGAAAUAAAUUUUUAUGUGUGUCAAAUUUGUGAAAGAAUAUAGUUUCACAUGAAAUACUAUUUUCUUAUUUGGGCCUUUGCUUUUUGUCCAUUACUCUGGCUGGUAUUUGGUGAAGAGAGUUUGACUUAAAAAGAGAAGAUGAUAGGACCAAAAAAAGGUAAAAAUGUGAUAUCCUCCCUGUGGAUAAUGUCAGGGACUAGAUUUUACAAAACCCAUUCCCAUUUAUGGUUCCAUGUUAGAAUUCACCAGGAGCCUCACUUGCAUGGGAUUUGGAAGGCAGAAACAAACAAGGCAUUCUUAGUCAGAGUUUGGAGCCACCAUCCAGGGAGAGAGACCAAGCCACAGGAGCUUCAAGGAUUCCAUCUUCCAGCCUGUUUUCUGGAUUUUGUGGACCUUUUCAUCAAGAGUAUCCUCAAAACCACCCCCAGCUGUUUGAUUUCUGUUUUCAUAGAGCCGUAGGUUUGCGCUGAUGUCUUCCUAAGAUCCACGUCAAAGAUCCACUGGAGUUUGGAUUUCUUGCUGGGUUCUUUGGUGUCCAUCAGGAAACUAAUUGAGACUUUCAUGCUUGGGAGUACUGUCUGAUUCCCCACUUCUCUAAUGAUAUCCAUCUGAGGUCUAAUUGGUAUGGGAAGCACUUUAUGCUUUUCAGAGUGCUAGGGGGAAUGUUUGCGUCUACAAAGGUGCAGUCAAAAAGGACAUGGGGGUGUGUUUCUCUACUGCCUCGUGCACUGGCUGCCUUAAGUGGUCCUUCCCUGUGAGAAUAGGCACCUUCCUCCUGUCAUGUCAGCAGGAUGGACUGUGGGUGUCUCCUGUUCCCUGCAGCUGAAUGUAUGUCUCAGUGUUUUCCAACAUGUAUGUGUGUUUUUUUGGUCAAAGGAAAGUUUCUGUAUUCCUUUCAUUGAAAUCUAUUCUUAACUCCUUUCUAAGCUAUCAUAUGGUAAGAAAUAUUGUUUUUUAAAAUAUCCUGAGAGGAUAUAUUAAUAAUAUGUCCCAUUAUAAUUGUGAAAUUUUUUUUGUCUUUUUUUAAUUUUUUUGGGGCCGCACCCACAGCAUAUGGAGGUUCCCAGGCUAGUGAUCUAAUCCGAGCUGUUGCUGCCAGCCUAUGCCACAGCAGUGCCAGGUCCAAGCUGUGUCUACAACUUACACCACAGCUCACAGCAACGCUGGAUCCUUAACCCACUGAGCAAGGCCAGGGAUUGAACCCUCAACCUCAUGGUUCCUAGUCAGAUUCAUUUCGGCUGCGCCACAACGGGAACUCCCUAAUUGUGGAUUUUUCAAAGAAACUUGGUGAUUUUUUCAUUUAGUGACUCUAAGUUAUGAGUCAGUGUUAUCUUUUCCAUAAAAUGUUCUGGUAAUUUGUCCUCAAGCAUGUUUUUUUCUUCUUCAAUAUUUAUAGUUUUUGAUGUGAAACUAAUUUUUCAUUCAUAAUUUAUAGCCAAAACUUAAAUUACGUAUUUUCAGUGCCCUCUUCCUAGUGACCCACACGAUUGCACCUGUGGUCAAAGAGAAGGGUGUAAUGAAUUCUGAUAAUAAGAAUGACCACAGCAUACAGUGACCACGUGCUGUAUCAUAAAGGGUAGUCUGGACUUCUGUGGGUUUUGGCUUGUGUCAUAUGAUUUGAUUGCUAUUGAAAGCAUCAGGAAUUUUUUUGUGUAUUGAAUGCUGUGAGGGCUAACCUUUAUCAUUGGUAAUCAUGAAGCUGGUUUUCUAGAAGGCAAAACAGUUGAAUGCAGUGAAAUCGAAUUCAUGAGGAGCCCCCCCCCCCCCGCCAGUCCAUCAUAAUAGUAAGAAGAGGGAAAUAUUGGUCAUUGUUAGGAUUUGAAACAGGUUUAUAAAAUCCCUUUAUAUGUGUCUUGACCCAUGAUGGUCACUGAUUGCCUUUGAUGCAGGAGGUCUGAGACAUUUUGUCUUCAGCAGGAUAAGAUUAGGCCUUGCAGUGAAUACAGGCCAGCUCCUGGUCCUUUGGAACAGCUUUUGCCUUUCCUGCUUAUGACUAAAAACUGAUGUAUUUUUUAACAUUGUUUUGGAUUUUUUUCUUUUUGCCAUAAAGUCUGUCAGUUAAAGUAUAUAAAUUGACUUCUUAGUAUGUGCUGUGUAAUAGUUUCAGUAAUAACUCCCUUAUGAUUCAACUGGGGCAUUUAAGUAAAUUGUGAGAAAACACAGGUAGCAAGGGAAGAAGACAGGACCUCUGUCCUCAUCAAGCCUUCUUGCUCAGAGACUGUACUCUGGAGGUGACUGGUUCAGCAUCUCUCAUUGCCAUGCAGUUGAGUCCGUCUCUCAGUCCCCUGAGACCUCUAUCAGGUGAGUCAUAAGCCUUUCCUGUCCUCCCGGGGUGUGUGUGUGCGCUACGCUACCCGGGCAGCAGUCUCAACCCCACUUCUGCUGGUGACCAUGACAGCUGGCACCGUGAGCAGCAUGUCCAGACAUGACCAGCACCCGUGGGUCUGUCUUGCUUGGACUUGCUCACCUGCUCUGCUGUCUAUUGGUGGCCAGCACUCGGGGCUGCUGGGGGCUGGGGAGCUCGUGCUGUGACCUGUGCUGUUCUGUGUUGCACUGUUUACACUCCCAAGCCUCAGUUCUGAGUUCAGCCCAUCAGAAUUGUCAUUUUCAGAAUUUUGAAAAACAUAGUAGGCUAAACACUCUCUGACAUAAACCACAGCAAUAGUUCUCAGAUCCACCUCCACCUCCACCUCCUAGAGUAAUGACAGGAAGAGCAAAAAUAAACAAAUGGGACCUAAUUAAACUCCAAAGUUCUUGCACAGCAAAGGGAACCCUGAACAAAAUGAAAAGGCAACCCACAGGAUGGGAGAAGAUCUUGGCAAAUGAAACGACUGACAAGGGAUUAAUCUCCAAAAUACAGAAACACCUCCUGCAACUCACUACCAAAAAAAC